CAGGCGGCUUAGGACCCGUGCCCACGGCCGCUCGUCUAGUGUGAUCCAUGACAGCUCAGAUAUAAACGGCUUUCUGAUUGGUCGCCUAUUAUCACGUGCCAUGUUGAUAUAGAAAAUGGGGUGGUCUGGUUUGCCUAGAGUAUGUGAAGUAAACGAGCAGAAAUUAUUUACAACCAAAUCACCGAAAAUUAAUGAUCAUGAGUUCGUUUUUGAUGAACCCGGGACCGUACACAGAGCCUAAGUUUCCACCGACGGACGAGUAUUCACAGUCAAACUAUAUUCCUCCACAUAGCUCGGAAUAUUAUCGUCAGAGUUAUCAACCACAAAUACCUAACUAUGGUUAUGAUCCUAUACCGGACACUAGGCGAUACAGCGAGGACAAGUAUACUCCGAACCACUAUAAUGGGUGUGGAAGUAGUGAUUCCGUGUCCCCCACCCAUCCCUCAUCUCCCGCGCCAGCUCAUUCGGGAGGGGGACCCGGAGGUGGUAUUCUGAGUGGAUUCAAUCAGCCAGCAGCACCUUCUCCAAGUCCCCCCGCUGUUCCGUCACCUGACGAACAACCUUCCAAAAUGUCACAAAGUAGUUCUUGUGUAGAACAAGAUUCUGACGGACAGCCAGUGAUUUACCCAUGGAUGCGAAAAAGCCAAGGAAACAACCCUUCAGGCAAUAACAACAUUAUAUCAGAAUCCAAACGAAACAGAACAGCUUACACUCGACACCAGAUCCUUGAGUUGGAGAAAGAAUUCCACUUCAAUAGGUACCUCACGAGAAGACGUCGUAUAGAAAUAGCACAUACAUUAUGUUUAUCAGAAAGACAAAUAAAAAUCUGGUUUCAAAACCGAAGAAUGAAAUGGAAGAAAGAACAUAAAUUGCCAAACACAAAAACACGGCUAAUGGAUGCCACGAACUCGCCUCUCGAACCAUCGCACCACCAUUUUGUUCACAGCAUGGCGGCACUUGCAGAGCUAACACCAAUCUAGUCAAAGUCUAGUUUUAUGUCAGUUAUCUUCCGGUUUUUGUGACAAGAACUUCGGACAUUGUGACCAUUCCUUUGCUGACAGUCUUGUGAUAGAAACUGGAUGUAACAACCAAAAUACCAAAGAUUUGUUAAUGUGCAACUUGACGAAAACCUCGGGGUAUAUUGUGUGUGCGAAUUGUGAAAACGGAGAUGUGUAAAUAGUGUAUAUGUGCAUAAUAAUUUAUGAAUGAGUCUGAACUGUACUAUACCCUAAUGUACAUUGUAGUUUAUAAGUGUUAAAACAGUAUUUGAGAUAAAAGCGAAUUCCCUGUGUUAUCUACAAACUUACAAUUUACAUGAACAACUUUCUACUUUUAGUAAAAAAAAUAGUGAAAUGACAGAGUUGUGUAGUUUUGUAAUGUACAAAAUCCACAUUGUACUGGUCAUUAUGUGUUCUACAAUUCUUUUUUAUUUCCACAUUUUAUAUUCAUUUAGAUAUUUUAUAAAAUGAUGUACGCACUUUGUCGUGUUAAGUUGUUCAGUGUCAUUUCAAACAAGUUAUUUCCUCUUAGAAUAUAAUCCUCUUUGUUGACGUUCAUAUUUGUUUCCCCCUAUUAUUAAAUCCAAUGUAAACGUUAGCAAACUAUUCACCAACAAAUGCAUUUAUCCUGCUGUGAUACUUUCAACAAAUUUAAAACAAACACUUACCUGUAGAGCAAAUAAUCUUUACAGGUUUAAUCAUACCAAAUGAAAAACGACAAAAUUCUUCAGUAGAAUUUCAAAACUGAAUACACUUUACGCUUCUGUAAUAAUGUUUUAUGCAUCUGGAGCUCCUAAAUCAAUGCCAAAGCCUGGCGAUGUGAAUAUAUCUUAUAUGUGAAGACUAUCACUCUAUUCCCCCCCAAUGCUUUGCAGGGGGCAUUGUAUUUAGUUUAUAUACUAUGAAGUAUAUUGAAUAUAAUUGCUAGUUAUUAAGAUAAUUUAGGGUAAGCCAAUAUCAGGUUUUAGGUUACCUGCAAUACUCAUAAAUAAAGAUACUCAAGAAAAACCAACAAAAAUAUCACGUAAAAAAAUUGACAAGCACUUUUUAAUUUCAAUGUAAAAUAACAGUUGUUACCCUAACAAAUGAUAUUAUAUAACAACGACUUAAAAUAAAUGUUCCAUUCCAAUGGAAAAUGUCCUUACUUUUAUGUAUAGGUAUAUAUCAAAAUAUUGAUAUCAACGUUAUCCAGAUAGCCAUUUCAUCUUUAACAUUAUUUUACAACUAAACUUAUCUAUAAAAAUGUGUGUAUGCUAUUGUUUUCUUAUAUUGUUUUCGCUUAUGCCGGUUUAUUCAAUAACGAUUUUUUUCCAUUCUCGUAAGGAUUCAAAUUUCUGUUAUUUAUUACUUAAACUGUUUGUACAAAAAUAGGAAAGAAAUUAAAAAUUAGAUAAACUGUAUAACAUUUCAAGAUGUUAAUGUCAAGAAGAUCAGUGUAAAAUAAUAUAUGGCAUAACAUUGAAAUUAAUUUGAUAUAAGAAUAUAUUAUAAACAGCAGAUAGCUGAUGCACCUGCACUUAUUACCAGUAAUAUAUGUAUAGAAAUGUAAUAAAAGUCAAAGAGUGGACACAAACUCGUACAUGUGUGGACAUCUCUCUAUAGACAGAAAUCAUACUGAGUGCUAACAUUUAACGUGCAGUUUCAAUAUGAUAUCAAAAGUAAAGGUGCACAACUAAGUGUCUUGGAAAAUAUGUUAAAAUAUUUUAGCAAUACUAAAUAACUCGGUGUUGUAUAGUUUUAGAAAGUAAAACUGUUACAUAGAUUGGAUAUUAUGAAUGAAGAUUUUCUUUUUGCAAUGAGUAGCAUAUAUUUGACAGAAAUUACCGAACACAUUUUUACUAUCUGAAUACACCAUCAUCAGUUAUGAUUAAUCCUGCCAUUUUAAGAUUUAUACAUGAAAAUUAUUUUGAAAGAUGAUAAAUAUUUAUAUAACCAGAUCAACUGGUAGAUUAAAAGGUUCCGGACGUGGCCAUAAAUAUGUUAUUUUGAAAUAAUCGCAAAAUGACAUUUAUACGUCAGCGACGUUAUUGUAGGAAAUGUAUGAAAGAUAUUUUAGACACUAGACGACCAAGGGUAAACUGUAUUCUUGGCGCUCCAGAUACUAGUUUAAUUCUAAGAUGUUUUGAGUUGAUUUAGGAGUACUAUUCAUGUCGUUUUGUUGCUUGUUUUCUGUUCCCCUUACGAGCCAAGUUGAUACCUCAAACCUUCAUUGUCGAUUUUGUCUUUUCCGGUUCUCGUUAGGUUUAUAUUACUUGUUUUCACUUCUAUAAAUCCCCUACUGUGAAUAAAAAGUGUAUUUCG